GGAAAAGAGAAGUUAAACACUGACUCAACUGUCUGACUUCUGUCUUUCUGUCUGUCUGUCUGUCAGUUUGUCUGCAGAGACAACAACAACAUGCUGCUGCUUCUCAUCUUCAGCUCAGUCUGUGUCCCCUCAGAGUCGGUCGCCAUGGAGACUGUGGUGGGUGUGGCCGGCCAGGCGGUGAGGUUACCAUGUGGCUGUGAGGCGGUGGAGCAGGGACAGGUGGAGGUGUGCUGGGGGAGGGGCGAACCGUCACUGUUUACCUGCCACAACAUUUUAAUUGACAGCUCCAGAGAUAAAGUCACCUACAGAAAGUCUCUCAGGUACGACAUGUCCUCCUCCUCCUCUCUGAUCAUCUUCAGCUCUCGGACAUCAGACUCUGGUUUUUAUCACUGCAGAGUUCAGCUGCCCGGACUCUUCAACGACCAGACGUCCUCCGUCCUCCUUAUCAUCAGCAACCCGUAUUCUGUGUCCUCAUCAAAAACAUCAAUUGGUGAUGUAACGGAGCAAAAAGGAGGUGAUGUUAUAGAACUAAGAGGAACUGAUGUCACAGAGCCAAGAGACACCAAUGCUACAGAGUCAGGAGGCAAUGAUGUCACAGAGCCAGUUCUGGCUCAGGUUCAGUCAUCCAUCCAGCAGCACAGAGACACUCUGCAGAUGUUCAUUGGACACACGCUGAGACUGUCCUUCAUCAUCUUCAUCCCUGCUCUGAUGACUGCGGUUUACAAGGUUUGGAGGUCUAGACAGAAAGCAGAGACAGACAGGAGGACGGACCAAACAGAUGAGGAAGACUGGACACAACUCUGAUUCUGAGAUCAAGAAACAAAGAGUCCUCAUCACUGAAGCUUUUGCUCUAUUUGGCCUUUCUAAAGUCCAUCAGUCAGAUGGUUUUAAAGCAAAGUAUCAACAUAUCAAACAUAUUCAGUAUGUUGAGUACCACAAGGCCCUGUACAAGGAUCUUUGAUUUAGUAAGUGUACAUGAUAACCUUUUCAGCUAAAUAUCAGUUUUUAUGCAGACGACACUUUGAUUUAUGUUCCUGUCAGAUUAAUUGAUGGUGAGUAACAUUUCAGUAGUUUUCCAGAUGAUCUCCAGACUCUCUUGGAAAAGUUUCAGAGAAGCCAUGACAUCCAGAAGGUCUAAAAGUCUUUAGUUUGUCCAGAACCAGAACCUGUAGCUCAUAUACACUAGUUCUCAUGCUUUAAUGUUGAAUGAUGAUCACCUGUAGGAGCAGCUAUGUUAGCACAUGGUGUGAUGUUAGCAAUUUAGCUGUUGUGAUCAGUAACAGAACACAAUGUCUAUGAACAUAAAACUUUUUAUAUGCAGUCCAUGGUAAUGCAGCAUGAAUAUAAAGAAACAAAUCAACAAGCCUGUGAAAACAUAUGUUUUGAUUUCUUUAAGUUCAUCAAUACAAAAAAUAAAAAUAAAAUGUUUAGUAUUUGA